AACCAUAAUCAAGCCAACAGCAGCAGCAGCAGCGAAGAAAGGUGUCGGACUAGUAGCGCUAGUAGCAGCAGCAGUAGCAGUGCUUGUGUGUAUGUGGUCGAGUUUAGUUGUUUCGCUAUGGCUACAGAGAAGCAGAGCUGUGCGAAAGAAAGUGACGAUCCUGUGGUGGCCGCGAAGGACGAGCCUGUCGAUGAGGAGCUCGACCACCUGCUUGACAGUGCACUGCAGGAUUUUGAGAAGCCUUCUAGUGACUCAGCCAAGGUGCAGCCAAGCUUGGCAGCAGAACCACUGGUGGGCACUGAAAGGCCGCAUCCAUGGACAGCCGAGUUUGGCCAGUUUGCCGACGUGAUGCAAGGUCUGCUGCAGGAGGACCCUCAGCUGCAGGAGCAGUUUAGCCGCAUUGCACAGAGUGCCAACCGGGCUGCAUCUGCUGCUUCAGAUGAGGAGUUUGCUGCUACGCUGAAUGAAACCUUGCGGAACAUCUCAGACACGGCCCUUGCGUUUGGGGACCCUCCGAGUGAGGACGAACUGUCACGCUUGGUUGGCUCGCUGGGCCUUGAGGGAGGUGGCGGAGGGGACGGUCUGGUCACCAUGAUGCAAGGCAUGAUGCAGAACCUGCUCUCCAAAGACCUUCUCUACCCAGCACUGAGGGACAUUGUUGACAAGUACCCUGAUUGGCUGGCUGACAAGCGGCCCUCGCUAGCAGACGAGGAGUACGAGAGGUACAAUCGGCAGUUUGGUCUCAUGCGGCAAGUGUGCGAGGAAUUUGAAGCCGAGGGUUCCUCGGAUGGGGCCGAGGUCAAGCAGGCACGCUUUGAGCGUGUGCUCAGCCUCAUGCAGAAGAUGCAAGAGUGUGGGCAUCCACCUAAAGACCUGGUCGAAAUUGGACCCGACAUUGGCCUGGAUGGACGUGCCCCAGGGAUGCCCGAGCAGUGUGCGGUCAUGUGACUUACUUUCAUCCGGCGAGCGGCAGUUUGUGCAAUAUUCAUAUUCUCGGAGAAAUCUUUGUUGCGAUGCACAAUUAAUUACUAGCUGGUGGUUACUUAUGUUCACAAAUUUUAAAUACCACUAGUAGUAAUGCGACACCCACAUUCGGUGGCUGUUCAUUCCCACUGCUGCAAUGUUUAGCGUACAUUCGAAGGGAAUAAAUUUUGUAUAUUUUCUCCAUGAAUAGCUUGAGUAGAACCUUUUAGAGUAAGUUGUAUUUUGUGUCAUUUCAUGUGAUGCUGGUUGGUUAUUUGGCGGCUCAGGUCAGCGUAGUGAAUAAGAACACAAACAGUGCUUGUUGCAUCAAUACUUCUUUGCAGACUAUUUGGCUCAUACUUGUAAACUGCGCUCAUUCCUGUCUCCCUCCUUCUUUCCUGCUGGUUGCGCAGCAAGUCGAGUUUACAGGUGCUUCUUGCAUGUUGAAGUACCGUAAAAUUCCUAGCAAGCGCCCCAUCCAAUGUGACUGCUAAUGCCAAGUUGCUGCGCCGUUCCUUAGAAGUCCCCCCCCCCCCUCUCUCUCUCUCCGAAUACUGAUACCCACCGCGUUGAGGGAAGAGUGCCCCGCUUGAAUCCAAUUCAAUCCUGCUUAGAAGCCCGAUUUUUAAACGCCUGCGCCUUAAAUUUUGUAGUCAAAAUGGGAUGUUCUUUUGUUUCCUGCAUAAAGAUCACACCCUAAAGCUUAAUAUAAUAAUAUCUGGGGUUUAACGUCGUAGUGGAGGGCUCCGGAAAUUUCGACCGCCUGGGGUUCUUUAACGUGCACCUAAAUCUAAGCACACGGGCCUCAAACAUUUUCGCCUGCAUCGAAAAUGCAGCCGCCGCGGCCGGGAUUCGAUCCCGCGACCUUCGGGUCAGCAGUCGAGCGCCAUAACCACUAGACCACCGUGGCGGCCCCUAAAGCUUGGCGCACGAUGUUCAUGACGAUUGCCAGUUUCCCACGAGCAAAAGCGUGGCCUUUGAGGUCUGUAUUCGCAAUUCCAACAUGAUGUCCGUGACGCACGUUGUUAGCAAAAGUAAGGCCUUCGAUAUCUGUUUGUUGCCCAGAGCUCUUCCGUUUGCAUGAGAGCGUCAUCGGAGAAGCUUCCAUGGCAUGCUUCCCGCAGUCUGAUUGCAUUGCCUUUGUGUUUCCUGUGUUUGCGAGUCGUCGUGAUGAGUCGCGCCAUGAACGAGAGCCACAAGACUUCUGAGGAAAUCCAUAUGUUUUGUCCCUGCUAUUUCGAAUUUCGGUGCCAUUCCGGAAAGUUCCCGCCACUCUGCCGGUAAUUUCGAUUUGCUAAGGAGAGGGGUGGGGGUGAGGGGAGAUGGGGCCGCUUGCUCAGAAUUUUACGAUAUGCGAGGAACAGAAAGAUUGCGUAAGUGUGGUAGGUUGUAUCUUGCAAGUGUUGCGUUUUGUGCUUCAUGUGGCCUUCAUCAGAUUGCGGGUUACUGCUUUAUCUAAGUAAACGUGGCUCACGUGGCAGUAAAUCCUUUUUGUCCUGGCAAUUUCCGAGCUACAGGGCAUGUUAAUUGAGGGUGAAACCACGGAGCUGCGUUGGCUUGCCUUCAGUGGACAUGACGUUUCUUGAACAACAUGAGUGGACGUGUGUUUGCUUUCAAUGUGUCCGCUAUUGCCAUUUGUUUAGCUACAUACAUCAGCAUCCAUUCCGUCACAUUGUCACUAUAUAUUGUAGAAUAUUUGUUGGGCAUCUUAAUGGCCUCAUUUUAAGGGGAAUUAUAACUAGGCUUCUACUUUUUUCAUUGUUUAUUUCAAAAUAAAGUUCAGUCAUAUUUUGC